AUGCCUGACUGCCAGAGCCCCAAGACCUGGAAAGAGGACCUGCGUCUCCGUGAGGAGUUCUGCUUGGCCCACCUGUGCCGCAAUGGCGACUGCGCUUCUAAUGUAGAGGACAUGCAUUUGUACUGCGAUGAACACGAGUGCUCCAAGCCCGGCUGCGUUGCCCGGAUUUCUGGAAACAGUCUCUGUCAUGAACAUGCCAUUCUGCAAAACACACAGACCAUUAGAGAAGCUACCAAGUCCGAGUCACAGGGCUGGAUCAGAACACUGCAGCCUCGUGACUACAGCCCAGCAGCUGGCCAACAAUAUACGUUGCAUAUGCGUGAUGGAGGUCGCCGCUAUGAGAUGUUACCACCAUCUCCGCCGGCUCGAGCCUUUCCGUCCCAUCACCAGCGGUACGAAAGUCGCCCGUACGGCCAUCCGCCGUCUCCGGAAACACCCUUCGAUUCGCCGGCGUCAGAUAUUGAUGAAGACGAAGUGCUACCAGGCCACAACAAUGGUCCAUCUGAUCCGGUACGUGGCAACAUCGGAGUCGGAGCGAGAGCCAACAGCGGCAAUGGUAGUGGGGUUUUGCCUGCCGGAGUCAUCCUUCAGAAGAGGGAUGCACCAGUCGACAAGCCGUCAUCACUGAACGUUCAGAACAUGCAAGGAGGGCCUGGUCGCGUCGGAGGUGGCACAAUCCAGCGGCCUUAA